CAAAUAGAUUUCUACAGUCUAAAUCAAUAGACGAAACGUAACAGACAUGCUUCCUUUAACGGCAACUUAUUACGAUCCUCAACAAAAACUCUGGUCGGGACCGGUGAAAAAAGAUUUAUAUAAUGAAAAUAUAACAUUGGGUGAAGUGAUAUUCCUAGAAUUGUCUAAACAUCCACAAAAACUAAUACAAAUCAAUGAUUCGACAAAUGAAGAAAUGAAGGCCGAGGAAUUUCUCGAUCAUGUUAUGGCUUUGAGUAAAAAUUUAUUGAAAUUGGGCCUUAAGGUGGGCGAUGUUGUGGGUAUGUAUGCCAAUAAUGCUACACAUACAGCAACGGUAAUGGUGGCCGCCUAUUUGUGUGGUACUCCGGUUAAUGCUUUAUAUCCUGGUUUCGAUAAAGAUAGCGCUGAACUAAUUUAUAAAGUUACUAGACCUAAAAUUAUAUUUUGUGAUGUUGAAAAUUAUGAAAUUGCUGCAAAAGUUAACCAGGAUUUACAGUUGAAUGCACCCAUAUUUAUAAUGAAUGGGGAAGUUAAGGGAGUGUCCAGUAUAUUGAGUUUGGUGAAACCGAAUAUAAAGUUUCGGAAUGAACCUUUUGUAUAUCCGUGCGUUAACUUAAAGGGCGAUGAUACCGCCGUCAUUUUAUGUUCAUCUGGUACCACUGGUAUACCUAAGGGAGUGCUCUGUUCUCAUAGGGCGUUACUUAAUGAAAAAAUUCACUUUAAUUUAAAAUCUGAUUCAGUGGUGUGUACUUUUAGUACCAUGUAUUGGGCUUCCGGGCUUUGGAACAUGAAUGCUUCUUUAAUAACUUGUUGUUUGCGAAUUAUUACCGAUAAAUCAUUUACAGCGGAAUAUUUUCUACAGCUGAUCGAACGUCAUCGAAUCACUAAUAUGCUGACCAAUGGCAAUCAUAUGGUUGAAUUGAUAAUGUACGAUGAUGUGUCAAAAAUACAAAAAUGUUUGGCUAGUCUAGAUACAUUAACGCUGGGUGGUGCUAAAGUACUUCUUACUGUACAGGAAUCAUUGGCCGAUAUAUUGAAAGUAAAUGAUAAACGUCCUGGUUUUGGUGUAGCCUAUGGGAUGUCGGAACUUUCAGGUAUACUUUCGUUUAAUAGUGAUUUUCCCUAUGAACGUAAACUGGGUACUGAGGGUAAAUUAACGGCUAACAAGAAAGUACGUAUAAUCAAUAAGAAAGGUGAAUUUUUGGGACCCAAUGAGCAUGGUGAAAUAAUUAUCAAAACACCUUACAAAUGGUUUGGUUACUACCGCAAUGAAGAAGCCUCCAAGAAGGCUUACAUAGAUAAUUGGUUACAUUCCGGCGAUAUUGGUUUCUUUGAUGACGAAGGUUUCUUGCAUGUGUGCGCUCGUGAUAAUGAUGUUUUUAAAGCUCGUAAUUUUCAAAUCUAUCCACCGCUUAUUGAAGACGUUGUUAUGGAAGUAGCUGGUGUCUUGGAGGCCUGUGUUUUUGGUAUACCCGAUUUGAUGGCUUCACAUUUAAUCACCUGCGCUGUGGUAAGAACUGCGGACGAUAUUGGUCGCAAAUUAACGGCUAAGGAAAUUAUUUCCCACGUCGAAAAGAAAAUGGGCAAUAUGUAUCAUUUAUCGGGUGGUGUUUACUUUCUAGAUGCCAUACCCAAAACCGGUUCGGGUAAAGUACAAAGAGCCAAAGUUGUAGAUAUUGUGUUGAAAAUUAAGGAUAAACAAAUGUGAAAUGUGAAUAAAUUUUGUAAUUAAUAUGUACUUAGUUUAUAGAUAUUAAAUGUUUAAUAAAGGUAUAAUUAGUUAAAUAAAAUAGUACUAAAUAUUUUGAUCGGAA